CCCAGGAGCAGUGUUUAAAUGUCGAGUUCAUACCAAUCCUGACAGAAGAUGCACAGAACUGGAUAUGGGUCGAGGCAAUUCUCGGGGCACGCUCUGCGGAAAGACCUGCAAAGAAGACAGAGAUGAUGAAUGGAUGGGCGUGAGCCUGGCUAGACAGCCGAAGGCUGGUGGAAGUGUGCUGGCAUGCGCGCACCGCUGGAAAAACAUCUACUAUGAGACAGAGUACAUCCUGCCCCACGGCUUCUGCAACAUCAUUCCCCCCAACCUGCAGCCCAACGGGAGGAAGCUCUUGCCCUGCUACGAAGAGUACAAGAAGAAGUACGGGGAGGAGCACGGCUCGUGCCAGGCGGGGAUUGCGGGCUUCUUCACCGAGGAGCUGGUCAUCAUGGGGGCACCGGGAUCUUAUUAUUGGACAGGAACUGUCAAAGUACUGAAUCUCACUGACAACACAUAUUACAAGCUGAACGAUGAUGCUGUGAUAGCCAGGCGGUACACGUACCUUGGAUAUGCGGUGACAGCAGGUCAUUUCUCUCAGCCGGCUACCACGGACAUUGUAGGAGGAGCUCCCCAGGAUGGAGGCAUUGGAAAGGUUUAUAUUUUCAGAACAGACAGACGAUCAGGCUCUCUAAUAAAGAUUUUUCAGGCUUCAGGAAAAAAGAUGGGCUCUUACUUUGGCUCCUCCUUAUGUGCAGUUGAUCUGAACUCUGACGGGUUGUCAGACCUGCUGGUCGGAGCACCUAUGUUUUCUGAGAUCAGAGAUGAGGGUCAAGUCACAGUCUAUAUCAACAGAGGAAACGGAGUGCUGGAAGAGCAGCUUGUCCUGGACGGUGACGGCGCCUACAACGCACACUUUGGGGAGAGCAUGGCUGCCCUCGGCGACAUCGAUGAUGAUGGCUUCCCAGAUGUUGCCAUUGGAGCACCUAAGGAGGAUAACUACAUAGGAGCAGUGUACAUUUACCAUGGGGACUCCAAUGGUAUUGUACCUCAGUACUCUAUGAAGCUGUCUGGGCAAACAAUAAACCCGAUGCUGCGGAUGUUUGGCCAGUCCAUAUCAGGGGGAGUCGAUAUGGAUGGCAAUGGUUAUCCAGAUAUGACCGUUGGAGCCUUCUUGUCAGACAAUGUGGUACUUCUGAGAUCCAGGCCUGUCAUUACCAUGGACAUCUCCAUUUUCCUACCUGCGUCCAUCAAUAUCACAGCUCCUCAGUGCCAUGAUGGCUUGCAGCCGGUGAACUGCCUCAAUGUCACAGCAUGCUUUCGCUUCAGUGGCAAGCGCGUUCCUGGAGAAAUAGGUUUGAAUUAUAACUUGACUGCUGAUGUGGCAAAGAAGGAAAAGAGCCAGCAACCCAGAGUUUACUUUGUGACUUCUGGAGAGACAGCGGGGCAGAUCACAGAGAAGUUACAACUGUCAUACAUGCAGGAAAAGUGCGAGCAUUACCUAGCGUAUGUCAAGAAAAGAGUCAAAGACGUCAUAUCUCCAAUUGUGUUUGAAGCUGCAUACAGCCUUGGGGAACAUGUGAUAGAAAGAGGAAAAGAGGACAAGGAACUACCUGCUCUCAAGCCCAUUCUCCGCUGGAAGAAAGGACAAAAGAUAGCGCAAAGGAAUCAGACGGUUUUUGAGAGGAACUGUCAAUCUGAUGACUGUGCUGCUGAUUUGAAACUUCAGGGUAAAUUACUGCUCUCUAGUGUUGAUGACAGAACUGCCUACCUGGCCCUGGGAGCAGUGAGGAACAUCUCACUUAACAUUUCCAUCUCUAACGUCGGCGAUGAUGCCUAUGACACCAACGUUUUCUUCAAUUUUUCUGGGGAGCUCUUCUUCAUCAAAAUGUGGCAAAAGGAGGAGCUGGGCAUUGCCUGUGAGUUGCUGGAGUCAGACUUCCUCAAGUGCAGCGUGGGAUUUCCUUUCAUGAGAUCGAAAUCUAGGUAUGAGUUUAGUGUGAUCUUCGACACAAGCCACUUGUCUGGGCAGGAAGAAACGCUUACCUUCCUCGUCACUGCCCAAAGUGGAAACCUAGAACGCACUGAAUCUCUGCAUGAUAAUACUCUAACCCUGUCGGUGCCCCUGAUGCAUGAAGUGGACUCAUCUAUCAACGGAGAAGUCUUCCCUACGUCAUUUUUCUACGGUGAUUCUGUGGAAGCAUCCAACUUCGUUCAGUUGGAAAACCACGAAUGCCUUUUCCAGUCUCUCAACUUCACUCUGCAGGUUUACAAUGCUGGACCAAGCACUCUCCCUGGAGCUUUUCUUGACAUUUCUUUUCCAAACCGCCUCUCUGCCACUGGAGCCGAAAUAUUUCACGUUCAGCAGAUGAUGGUUGGUCAGGACAAAGGAAGCUGUUCUUUUCACAGAAACCCCAGCCCAUGCAUUGUUCCUCAAGAGAACGAAAAUAUUUUCCACACGAUAUUUGCUUUUUUCACAAAGUCUGGCAGAAAAGUAUUGGACUGUGAAAGACCAGGCAGGUCCUGCUUAAUUGUACGCUGCAACUUAAGCUCGCUAGCAAAAGCAGAGUCCUGUGAUAUAAGUGUCUACACGCUGCUGAAUACUGAGAUUCUGAAGAAGGACAGUUCAUCGGUCAUCCAGUUUGUCACAAGGGCGAGGGUGCGGGUGGACCCUGACCUCAGAGUUGUGGAGGUGCCCAAUGGGAGCCCAGAAGAAAAACCAGUGGUCUUUGAGGCUUUGCACAAUCUGGAGCCUCGUGGGUAUGUUGUCGGAUGGAUCAUUGCCAUCAGUUUGCUGGUGGGAAUUCUCAUCUUCCUGUUGCUGGCUGUGCUCUUAUGGAAGAUGGGCUUCUUCCGCCGGAGGUACAAAGAAAUUAUUGAGGCUGAAAAGAGCAGAAAGGAGAAUGAAGAUAGUUGGGACUGGGUCCAGAAAAAUCAGUGAACUGCCCAUGAAAACUAAAGCCCAGUCAUGUGACACGUGCUUGCUAGCCUAUAGGUCCUGCUCUCGUAUCUUCCAUAUGUGGAAGAAGGAAUCUUCUCCAGAUUUUUCGGAGACCCCAUUGAUGCUGUGUCUUUAUCACUCCAACAAGCUAGGGAACGUAUCCUGAGGCAACCACUGCAGCCAUGUCAGGUGACUGGAGCAAUUUACACUUCAUUUAAGAGCUGAACUUUGAACUUUGGUAACGAAGCUGCAGUGCAGAGCAAUAUUUAUGAAUCCAACUAUGUGGUAUACCCUCAGGGGAAGACUGUUACCUAAAAAUAUUUUUUAUAAAUAUAAGCUUUUUAUAUUGAUUAUGUCUUUAUAUUUGUAUCAAUGUUUUAUAGUUUCUAUUGAAUAGCUAUAUAGUUCACUCAAGCACUGAUAUCUGGCUAAAUCCUUGGAAAUACAUAUAUAUAAAUCCUAUUGUACUUUGAAACUUCAAUGCAAGAGACAAAAGAGAGAUUUGCAGAUAAAAGUAGCUGAAAUCCUCAUAUGCUUAAUUCACAAGGCUUGGUAAUGUUGUAUAUAGACCAUUUAAUGGCAAUAA